AUGGCAACGGAAGGCCCUCCUCCCUCCAGGCAUCCUCCGUCAAUGGGGCCUGGUGCGCGCGCCGCCAACAAACCCGGAGAGUCAGACUCAAGAACAAAGUUGAUGGAAGUCAUACAAGCGAGAGCCAAAUACCAGGUCUCUGUCGAGCCGGAUACCCUGUCGCUGAGCUACGAACUCAACAACACACCACGCCUCUACCGACUCUCAUUUGACAAUAUGCCUUUGCAUGGGCUUUCAAAAUGGUGGAUAUAUGGCGGAUCCAUAAGAGCGCGAAGAGCGGGUGUCCUAGCUAUCGAUCUUAUACGUGGCUCCGAAAACGUGGUGCACAGACCUGUUACCCAACAAGAGGCGGAGGGUCUGGCGUAUUGGACCUCGAGAAGACUCCUCUAUGGUUCCCUAGCCACAUUUGCUACCUCUGCCUUUGGUUUCUACUUGGCUCGCAGAGGUCGUGCCAACAUGAAAUUCCCUUUCGUCUCUGCAAAGCCCUUGGAACGGUAUAACAGAUUUCCUCUUCAGCGGAUGCCCCUUAUAACUGGUCAGUUGGCUCAAACGGCCUGGCAGGUCACAAGGUAUGUCAUCUGGAUGGAGCUGUUCUUCCUGGUUGGUACGCCUCUCGCUGGCGCUUUGGCCAGUGUUAGUGUGGCAAGAGGAAUGGCCACCGAUUCACGAACCCGAGGGCUCUUUGAAGCAAUGCAAGCAAUGCGUGAAAGGCCCCGCGGCGACAGAGACCGGACGCGUUCGAAUGCCCCAAUGGAGUGGCCUCAACAGCCUCAAGGGCAUGACGUUGGCGAGGAUGCACAAUCCGACUCCCAACCAUAUUACAAAGAUAUGGGAAGCGGCGGCUCCCCAGACGGCUCCAUAAUCGACCAUGUCCAUGAUGGUGACAGCUUUUACCAAAGUGGAGCAAGUGACACCAGUGUUUUGGAUAACUCUGGAACAAGGAGCCGAGAGAGAAAAGAGCAGCGAGGAUAUCCAGCACCGCAGCCUUCAAGGCAGGUGCAGACCAACGCGUCCUCCACCUCUUCGGCGGAUUCUGACCCCUUCCUCUUCGACGACGCAUCCCCCACUGCCGGAAACGACCCAGACAUGGCCACUCCCAUUCCCUACAGUCCAUCUACGGGCGGAAGCGUCUGGGAGCGCAUACGAAGAGGCAAUGCUCCUUCCUCGGCCAAAUCACCUGCAGCCACUUCUGACACCGAUAUCCGCCGUCAACGCCUCGAAACGGAACGAGCUCGCGAAGCUCGCGCCAAUCAGAUGGCAGAACGAGACUCGGAGAGCAACGAAGGCAUCUCUUACACCAGUGAGACAAGACUAGGUAGGGAUGGACGCGACAGAGAGCAGGAGCAACGGGAAUUUGAUGAGAUGUUGGAGCGGGAAAGGAAGCAGAGCGGGAGCGAGGAGUAUGAUCGGGGGAUGGCAGCGGUAGAGUCGGGAGAAGAAAGAAGGGCGGGGGAGGGAACGGGUGUUUGGGAAAGGAGACGGAGGGGAGAUUGA